UCGCGAAUCGUGUCGUCGUGACGUAAAUCCGUUUGCCGGUGAGUCACGCGGCGGCGGCUGUCCGGAUUUACUGGGCGCGUCAUCGGCGGCGGACCAAGUGGUUUUGCGGGUACCGUUGAAUUAGUGGGUAGUGGUGGUAGCGAAUAGUGGCCGUCGAGCGUACACAAAGUUCCAUUCACCAGUACCGCCACCACCGAUCGUACCACUACCGCUGUGCCCUCCACACCCGUCCAUGGACCGCCGCCGUCGCGCAAGCCCGCUUUACGGUUUUCCCACUCCGUCCGAAGUAUCUCGUAUUGUUCGCACCCGUCACCCACUGCGCCACAACAAUAUACUACGCGAGAUGUUUUUUACUCAUUCAGUGUACUCUUGAAGUCUCGACUCGACAGUCGAUUGCCGUAGCCAAUCCAUCUUCCGCGUCGACACUACACCGGUGUGCAAUCGUAUCGCGGUUUCCGUCCGUUCGAUUUCGCGCAGUUUUUGGAUUUUCUCGCCUAAUACAACGGCGCGCACUCCUAUUAACCGUACCAUUUACACUUUUGCAAUCGAUAAGACCGAACACACAUUUUACCGAUCAAUUUUUAAAAUAUUAUGCUUCAAUCCGCACAAAUGGUACCUUCGUCCGAUAUCUACAACGAUUUGAGCGAGUCCGUUUGCCGCGAUUGUUUGGACCCUGUUGGUGCGUGCACUUGUAGCUGGCAAAUCAUGCAGUUGGACGCCAGCUACAGCAUUUACACCACGUUAAACGAUGACAUGACCAAACGACCGACCUCCACUACGUCUUCGUUCCUUGGCGACACGCAUAAGUUGGAUGGUCUCAAUUGUGGUGGAAUACCUACACGUACAACACCAACUUUAACACCAACCACACUUCGUACCAUAGCUGCCGAUAUAGCUAAUUUGUCACCUGGUCCAUCUGAAAAUUUUGCAGCUGCAGCUUCUGACCUGCAUCAUCUUGUGUCGUCUUCAUGUUCUACCAUGAGCACAUCAACUUUAGGGGCUUCUGAUCGUACCGAUUUACAAGAACGUGUUAAUAUACAUAAUCUAAGCAAUCAAACAAUAAGUCUUCAAAGCAUAAAUAAUCAACAAAUUAGUCUCAAUAAUUUACAAAACCACCAAAAUGUAAAUCAAAACACUUUAAACCAACAGCAGCGUAAUGAUUAUAAUAAUUCUUUUUCAACGGCUGCAUCAAGGCAGGCUGGUUUUGUGCCACCACUAGUAUUGCAAAUCAAUUCCACUAACCCCAUUGCUCAACAAUCAUCAGGUUCAACAAUCUUAUUAAACAACAACACCAGUUCUGGUUCAAGCUCUAUAUUUAGUGCAAAAGGUUCAUCUACUUCAGCAUCAUCUUCACACUGGCAAGGAGUAGUAGUUACCCAAAGACCUCAAAAUAGAGCACGAAGUAUAACAAAACGACAAUUUACUGAUGAUGAAGAUGGCGAUGAUGAUUAUGAUUCUGCAGCUGAUGAUGGAACAGACAGUAGCGAUACAACUUCUAGUAAAAUGACACGCAAACAAAAUAAUAAAAAUAACAAAUCAAGUUCAAAAAAUGGAAAUAAAAAUGAAUUGAAGAAUAGUUCAGGUGGUAGUCGUCGAACUAAUAAUAAAGACAACAAAAUGAUGUCAGCUGAAGAAGAACAACGUAGACAGGUCCGAAGAGAACGUAACAAGCUGGCAGCAGCUCGUUGUCGUAAACGCAGGAUGGACCAUACCAAUGAACUUUUAGAGGAAACUGGGCAGUUAGAAGAUAAGAGGUUGAGGUUACAAGUGGAAAUCCAAGGCCUUCGUCAACAAAAAACAGAUCUACAACAGAUGUUAGCUCAACAUAAAUGUGCUGUAAAUAUGAACAAUGUGCAGUUAUCAAAUUCCGUUGCUACUGUAAAUCAUGCCACUACAAUAUUAGAUUCAAAUGAAAUUUCUGAAACAAAACCUAUCAUAUUAAGUAAUCAUCUAUCAUCAAUUAAGGGAAGUCCUUUACAACAAAACAUUAGUACAAACGCAGUGAUCAAUGAUAAUGAUAGUAAUAAUGUUGAUGAUAUUAUAAUAAAGCAUGAAGAUAAUUCUAUAAUACAAACCGAUAUUGAUUCCAAGGAUUCCAUAAAUAUUAUUCCUACUACUGUAAUGCAACAGCCUCAUAGAAGACGACCCACUACACUAUUGCAACUUAACAAUGGUAAUUUUGGUAAUAGUAAAAAAAUAUCUGGAAAUGGCUCUACGGGUGUAGUAGUAUUGAAUUUUGAUUCGCUCAUGGACGGUGGAACAGGAUUAACACCCGUAUCAUCUAGUGGUGGAAGUGUACAAAAUCAUCAUCAACAAGUUCAACAUAAUAGCACAGGGAAUGGUGGUGUAAAUACUGAAAAUAACAGUGUUUUAUCAUAAAAAAAGUCACCAUUAGUCAAAUUAAUUAGUCAACUCGAAUUAGUCAGUCAACAAAGUAUCACCAGAGUUGGGCAGGCAAUAAUUUUUAAAAAUAAUAUUUUUCAACUAAGAUAUGGUUUUAGAGUGUUUUUUUUAAUGAAAUAAAGUCAUGAUCAUAAUUUAUCUAGUCAAAUAUAUUUAUUGUAGCCAUGAUAAUUUAUAAACUAUAUAAAAAUAAUUAUUAUUUAUGUUUCUGUUAAAAUAAGCAUUUAUUAAGCAUUGGAACUACCAUAAUUUGAAUACUGAAAAAUCUAACAUAUGAGAUCUAUUUUUAUUUUCAUCGGAUUUUGAAUUGUGCAUGUUAAAUGAAUGAUGAAUAUUAACUG